UAUUGAACAAACUUCCAAAAUCAACCAACCAUCUUCAUAGUUCGUUGUUAUCAGAAACCGAGUUAGAUACAUCUCAAACAUAUAAAACAGUAACAAAAUUUCAUAUUUCACUCACAAAUAUUAACAUUAAAACUAUCUCAAAGAUUCAACAACACCCUUAUACUAGGUUUCAUGUUGAUGUUUUCUUAAUCAUAAAUUCAUCCAUCACAGGAAAAAACCAUGUCACAUAAAUUUUUUGUUCUUUUUUUAUUCUUAUUAUUCAUCUCAACAAGUGUUUGUGUUCAUGAAGAAGGUUUCAUCUCUGUGAUUAUAUCUGAUAAGGGUCUUGACUUUGCCAAAGAUAUUCUUAUAAACCAAACUAUUGCAUCUAUAGUUCUUUCUCAGCUACCACAAAUUGAGAAAUCUGUUCAAGUCCCUCUUGUUGGAAAAGCUCAUGUGAUUCUUUCUGAGAUCACAAUCAAGAAUAUUCAAGUUAGUUCUUCAUAUGUUGAAACUGGUGAUACUGGUAUUAAUGUUGUUGUUUCGGGUGCUACUGCUAAUUUGAGCUUGAAUUGGAGGUAUACUGUUAGUAGUUGGUUAAUCCCAAUUGGAAUUUCAGAUAGUGGAACUGCCACUGUUAAGGUUGAAGAUUUGCAAGUGGGGCUUACUGUAAAUUUAAGGAACCAAGAAGGAACUCUUAAGCUGAUUCUCUUAGAUUACGGAUGUGAUGUUGGAGAAUUAUCUAUAAAGAUGAACGGUGGAGCAGCUUGGCUUUAUCAAGUUCUAGUUGAUGCUUUUAAAGGAAAUAUAGGAUCGGCAGUUGAAGAUGCUGUUUCUAAGAAAAUAAGAGAAGGGAUACCAACACUUGACAAUCUACUGCAAACUCUUCCGAAGACAAUUUCAAUAGAUGAAACCGCUGCUCUAAAUAUUUCUUUCGUUGACAAUCCUGUGCUGAGUAAUUCUUCUAUUGAACUUGAAAUCGAUGGUUUGUUCACUGAGAGAAAUGAUGUUUUAGUACCUCAAGUUUACCACAGAAGAUCUGACAUUUCUGUUUCCAGUGGUGGUUUACCAAAGAUGAUAAAUAUAUCAUUACAUGAAAAUGUUUUCAAAUCAGCGUCCGAAGUUUACUUCGCAGCAGAUGCUUUGCAAUGGAUACUUGAUGAACUACCUAAUCAGGCCCUUUUGAACACUGCUGACUGGAAAAUUCUCAUUCCUCAAUUAUACAAGCAAUAUCCAAAUGAUGACAUGAAUCUUAAUGUCUCUGUAUCUUCUCCACCGGUUAUAAAAGUGUCAGAUCAAGAUGUAGGAGUUACCAUUUCCAUAGAUUUAAUCGUUGAUGUUUUGGAAGCUGGUGAAGUCAUACCGGUUGCAUGCAUCUCUGUGGAUAUUAGUGCUUCGUGUGAUGCGGAAAUUGUACGGAACAGUCUUACUGGUCGGCUUAAAUUGAAGAAGUUCUCCACAGACUUGAAAUGGAGCAAAAUAGGGAAACUUCACAUGAGUGUAAUUCAGUCAUUAUCAUCAACUGCCCUCAAAACCGUCCUCAUACCAUACCUAAACUCGCAGUUAAAGAGGGGAAUUCCAUUGCCGAUUCUGAAUGGUUUUACCCUUGAAAAUGCGCGAAUCUUCUACACUCCCCCAUGGAUUGCAGUGUGUAGUGAUGUUACCUUCUUAGGAGACUACUAUCUUAGACAUCAUCUAGCUUAUGUAUCAUAAAACUACUGUCACAGUACACUUAUGUUAAAAAAGGAAUGAGCUAUACUUGUAAUUUGUAAAGAUAGCUGUGAAAAGUGAAUGAGAUACAUGCAUGGAAGUAGUAAUCAGUCACCUUCUUGUAUUGUAUGUACUCCAUCUUUGGACGUGAAACUUUUUGUAAAUUAUUCUAUCUAAAGGGAUUGCUUGUUGAAAAAAAUUCCAACAGUCAACCUCCGUAUUUGUUAUAUGACAUUUAUUUGUAAAUUUAUGCAAACAAAAUUAUUAUUACA